GUGAAGAGGCCCUGCAGUUGGAGGUCGGCUUGGCGGAGUUCACCGUGGGCCUUCCACGGGCGGCCUCAGCACACAAACCCAAUCCCAACUCGAGUGCUGAGCUUUGGACAUCCUACGAACCCCACCUCGGUGCAACCGACACACUUUGCGCAGAGCUCUGUGCAAACAGCUUGCAUUGCUUCCACUCUUAUCCGGCAGCUGCCGGCUGCUACCUGGUUCUGGGCGACCGCGAAAGUUGGGAGGUCAGCGACCUCGAGCCAGGCACGGAGCCGGAGCGACCCUCAGGCUACGACAAGCGCUUGCUUGGCCAGUUGGAUGGCUGCAGGCUCGACGGAAAGACGGACAAGGGCACGGUAGCAACUGCGCGCUGUGGACAGGUGAAGACGGAGGGAGGGCGGCUCAACUUCAGCGAGGUUCAACCAGACUGGGGCAACGGCGCAGCCACCCUCAGCUUCAACCUGAAUGUCCAGAUCGGUGGGCUGCACUUCGACUCCCACGUCACCCCGAUCUCCUUGCGGCAGGGGCCUGCCCAAGUCACUGACGUGCUGGCUGUCCUUCUCGGCGUGAAGGACAAUGGCACGAGCGUCCUUGGCAGCCAGGGCACCGUGGACGGCCAAGGCAGGAUCGUCAUCAAGGUCUCCAGGUACGAUCCCAGUGCCUAUGAGAGCCUCCGCCUGCUUGUGAUGCCGAUUCUCUCAGACCCAGCCUCCUGGCUUGAAGGCUGGAAGGCUGGCAGGCAGGUGUUGUAUCCACUGUCCAUGUGA